UGCUGCUACGGAAGCCUACAUUAUGGUUCACGCUGUCUGUGGUGCAGGCAUUUGAUCAUAAACAUCACCUAAAGAGCCAUCUGAAAAAACGGGAUAUGCCAGGAGUUGCUCUCGUGACAGGAUCCAACAAGGGGAUCGGGUUCGCCAUCGUAAAAGCGCUCUGCAAACAGUUCAAUGGGGAAGUGUUUCUUAGCGCAAGGGAUGUCGGCCGGGGGACAGCGGCUGUGGAGAGUUUGAAGGCGGAGGGUCUGAAUCUGCUGUUCCAGCAACUUGACAUUAACGACCACUCAAGCGUGUGCGCGGCCCGGGAUUUCUUCCAGCAGGAGUACGGCGGUCUCGACGUCCUCGUGAACAACGCAGGAAUCGCGUUUAAAAUGGCUGACACCACUCCGUUUGGUACCCAGGCAGAAGUCACCAUUCAGACCAACUUCUUUGCCACCAGAGACAUGUGUAAUGAGUUCCUGCCCAUCAUCAAACCAGGAGGCAGGGUGGUGAACGUGUCCAGCGGUAUGGGCUCCGUUGCUCUGGGCCGCUGUAGCCCCACCCUCCAGGCCCGUUUCCGUAGCGACGACAUCACGGAGGAGGAGCUAGUGUCUCUGAUGCAGAGCUUCGUGGAGGAGGCGCAGGCAGGAAGCCACGCCCAGGGGGGCUGGCCCAACAUGGCGUACAGCGUCUCCAAGACCGGCCUAACAGUGCUGUCAAGGAUCCAGGCUCGUCAACUCUCCCAGGAGAGACCAGGUGACCAGAUCCUGCUGAACGCCUGCUGUCCAGGCUGGGUCAGAACCGACAUGGCGGUACCCAACGCCCCCAAGUCACCUGACGAAGGUGCCGUCACUCCCACCUACCUCGCUCUGCUGCCUGCCGGGGCCACACAACCUCACGGGGAGUUCCUGUCUGAGAUGACCAUACAGCCCUGGUGACCAGGAGGUCUGCCUGCUUCGUGCGUGUGUAUGUGCGUGUGUGUGUGAGUGUGUGUGUGUGUGUGUGAGAGAGAGAGAGAGAGAGAGAGAGAGAGAGAGAGAGAGAGAGAGAGAGAGAGAGAGAGAGAAACCCUGCAGCUUCAGCUUGAUAAGCUUCAUGGCGAUGGAGAACUCCUGCAUGUCCAUCCAGAGAGAGGUUCCUUCCCGGCUUUAACCAUGUUAAUCUUUCUGCCUGUGAUCUUGAUUUGUGAUCAUGGACUGUGAUGUCAGCUGCCCGGUCUGUCUGAGCUGGACCACCAAUAAAAGGCCUCUGGCCAUGGAAUUACAA